GCCGCCUCCAGCGAUCGGUGUCCCGGAGGCCCGGGGCAGAGGCGAGGGGCCGGGCGGGCGGGCGGGCAUGCCGCCGCCGGAGCCGAGCCCCCAACGCAGCACGAAAAUGCCAGAAGCCUCAGAAGACCAUAAUCAUCGGAAGGCUUGUUGACUUCCAUUUUUUGGUAAUCUGGAACAUCAUCAAUCUGGCAUGGCGCAGGGCAGUCAACAACUCGACGUGCAGGUACUCCAUGAUCUCCGGCAACGUUUCCCUGAGAUACCUGAAGGGGUGGUAUCUCAGUGUAUGCUUCAGAACAACAACAACCUAGAUGCCUGUUGUCGAGCCCUCGCACAGGAGAGCAACAAAUACUUAUAUAUGGAGUACCAUAGUCCUGAUGACACCAGAAUGAAUAGAAAUAGCCUUUUGCACAUUAAUCUGGGUAUUCAUCCUCAUACCAGCUAUCAUGCAGGGGAUGGAGCUCAACUUAAUGGUGGUCGUACACUGGUACACAGUUCAAGCGAUGGACAUAUUGAUCCACAACGCACAGCAGGUAAACAGCUGAUAUGCUUAGUUCAAGAACCACAUUCUGCUCCCGCUGUUGUGGCAGCUUCUCCUAGUUACAAUCCAUUUUUCAUGAAUGACCAGAAUAGAAAUGCAGCUACUCCUCCUCCACAGCCACCUCCACAGCCAUCUUCCAUACAACCAGGAAUGAACACGUCUGCUAUGCAAGGCCCUCCUCCCACGUAUAUGCACAUACCUCGGUACAGUACAAAUCCCAUUACUGUUACAGUAUCACAAAACCUCCCCUCUGGACAGAGUGUACCCAGAGCUCUACAAAUUCUUCCACAGAUUCCAAGCAAUCUUUAUGGGACUCCUGGCUCUAUUUAUAUAAGACAAACAUCUCAAAGUUCUUCAGGACGACAGACUCCUCAGAAUACACAGUGGCAUUCAUCGCCACAGGGCCCAGUUCCACAUUAUACUCCCCGUCCUCUACCUGUGUAUCCACAUCAACAGAACUAUCAACCUUCUCAGUAUUCUCCUAAACAACCCCAGAUCCCUCAGUCAGCUUUUCGAUCACCACCGCCAUCCCAGUGUCCCUCUCCCUUUGGCUCGCCUCAACACCAAGUUCAACCUCCUCAGUUGGGUCAUCAGAGUUCACAUGUUUUCAUGCCUCCUAGUCCUUCAACUGUCCCACCUCAUCCAUAUCAGCAAGCAUCCCAGACUUUUCAAAAACAGGGCGGUCACUCUGUAUCGUAUCUUCCUCCUUUUGCUGGACCUAGUUUAUCCAAAGGUUCCAUGAAUAAAAUAGAAAUUACAGUUGAGCCACCGCAAAGGCCUGGGACUGCAAUGAACAGAAGUCCUUCACCAAUAAGUAAUCAGCCAUCUCAACGAAACCAGCACCCGCUGUAUACAGCCACUACUCCUCCUUCAAGCUCUCCAUCAAGAGGUAUGUCAGGUCAGCCCAAACCUCCAUUUAGUGUUAAUCCGGUAUAUAUUACCUACACUCAACCAACUGGACCUACAGGUGCACCAACACAGUCUCCUCGGGUAAUGGUAUCUCAGCCAAACCCAACCAUUUUUAAAAUCACAGUAGGUCGAGCACCGACUGAGAAUCUUUUAAAUUUAGUGGACCAAGAAGAGCGUUCUGCAGCACCAGAGCCGAUUCAGCCUAUUUCUGUAAUCCCAGGAUCUGGAGGAGAAAAAGGAAGCCAUAAGUAUCAGAGGAGUUCUAGUUCUGGAUCAGACGACUAUGCUUACACUCAAGCCUUGCUGUUACAUCAACGAGCAAGGAUGGAGAGAUUAGCAAAGGAACUGAAGAUAGAGAAAGAAGAGCUUGAACGCCUAAAAGCCGAAGUCAAUGGUAUGGAGCAUGAUCUAAUGCAGAGGCGGCUUCGAAGAGUUAGCUGUACAACUGCAAUUCCAACAUCUGAGGAAAUGACCAGAUUGAGAAGCCUCAACAGACAGCUUCAGAUAAAUGUUGACUGUACACUGAAAGAAGUUGAUCUCCUUCAAUCUAGAGGGAACUUUGAUCCGAAAGCCACGUGUAACUUCUAUGAUAACAUAGAGCCUGGUCCUGUUGUGCCACCAAAGCCAUAUAAAAAGGAGCAUCAAAACAGCUCCAAACAGACUCCACGGACUCAGCCAAGAGAUGAAGACUUUGAAGGGGCUCCAUGGAAUUGUGAUAGCUGCACCUUUCUAAAUCACCCAGCACUGAAUCGCUGUGAGCAGUGUGAAAUGCCACGAUAAACCUGAAAAUCAGGAAGGGGCUGCAUUGGGUUGAAAACAGGCUCUCAAGCCGUCAGCUGUAGAAGGAAACAUGGGGAACCUUUCAGUCCAUCUGCCCGGCCUUUGCCAGUCAACAGUCUUCAUAUUGCAAGGGGUGGGAGUAACGUGUUAAGAUGUUUCUGCUUGUGCUACACUGAAAAUAAAUAAAGGGUGAAGUUCUUUCUUAUCCCAUUGCUGUGAGCAAAGCAGAAAAUGAAACCUGAAAAUGUAAAAGGAUUAAUUUUGGGAAGAAUGUAUACAGGAAAGCAAAUAACUACUGGUGUUUAGUCCUGUGGUUAUAGUUACUGCUUAGUGGCUCUGAAAAAAAAACAAACCACAAACUGUUGUUGUUUUUUUGUUUUGUUUUGUUUUUUUUUUUAAAAAAAUUAUAGGACUCUUAGUAAUGGUGUGAAAUGUUACACUUAACCAGAAAAACUGAAGAGCCAGAGCUGACUUAACCUGGCCGCAGCUAGCUGGAAAACAAAGGCUCCCUGUGCUUCUAGAUUGUAAGCUACUGAAAAAGAAGACAGGUAAAUGCAAGGAUAAAAUUUGCAACGUAUAAAAAAACAAGGAGAAGGGUAUUUGUAAUUGCUGCUUUUUUUCAGGGUAACUUAUGUCCACAAAACUUGCUGUUUGAAAUAGUAACCUAAGGUGACUAAAUGAGAUACUGUAUGAGUGUUACAGAGAGUUUAAUCAGAGGUAGUUUUUUACAAUCCUUUUUGCUUGUACAGUGCUCACCUGGCUGUGUCAACACUGGUAAUAAACUAAGAAUGAAUUCUACCGUAUUAUGGAUGAAAAUACUGCUGCAUGCUUUCAUUAGGCCGUCGUGUUUCAAAGCUCAAAGUAUGCUUUUAUAUACAACGAUCUUCUAAGCCUGUGCUCUGCAGCAGGACAGUGACAUAUGCCAAACACAGACUACUCCAAAUUCUGUUUGGAAGGCUUGAGCUCAGCCAUGGUUGUGUAUGAGAAGAGUUUGUACCCAGUUCCUUAGGCCUUUUCAGCUUCCAAUUUGUGAAGAAUUCAUGAUGUUUACAGCACAGAAGGUACUUUGUGCCCCAGUUCAAAGUUAGCUGAAAAAUAAUUAAUCAAUUAGCUCUUCAGUAAAGGUUUAUUUGCACACUGUUAAUAAACCAGCCUGUAUAAAACAGCAGAUGCCAGAUCCUGAAAAACUAUACACUGUAUCCUUUUUAUUUUGGUCAGGAAAUAUUUGCUGUAGGUUGAAGAACACAAGACUUGCAACUGAAAAUCAUACUGGUACUUUUAGGCAUAUGAUAUUCUGUAUUAUAAAGGUGAUGUUCCAUUUGUUUGAAUGCUUCAGGUUGCUGUAAUAAAGCACUCAAUACUUGUGAAAUCAAAUUUGGGUUUGGGCAGCUGAAUGAUUAUGUUACACAACUGUGCAACUGAGUAGGGUGUUGUUGUGUACUGGUCAGAAGCUGGUACAGUGCAUUUGAGUUUUUACGUUAUAACUUUGUCAAGAUUCAGAGACGCAACCGAGCACGUCAGCUGAGUGACGGUAAUUGACUUUGCAACUGUGAGGCAAAAUGUGCUAGCUAAACCUUACCAGAAGAGAUCUAAACUACUUCAUUUUAUAUUGUUCUAAGCUCCUGGCAGCCACAUCCAUAUGGUCAAUUACCACAACUCAUUUGAUGUGUGAUAACACGUUAAGCUGUGGUAGAACAAUCAUGUGUCUGAAUCCUUAUUUAAAAUCAAGCAUCGUUUAUAAGGGGUGGGUGGAAGAAAACUCAUCUUGACUGCAUUGCGCAAUCUGCUGUCUUCUCUCCCUGCAGUUUAUAAAGAUAACAGUAAAAAACCACACUGUGAUCUUAGAUGAGGAACCAAUAUUUUAUCUGGCAUUUUUCAAUAUGUUCUUGCACUAAUUAAAUCUUCAGCAUAAUUUUGAAUAAGCUAAGAGAUCUCCAGCAAUCAGUGUGCACCACUGAUGAGCAAAACAAAGUCAAAGGCAUCAGAGAUAGCCCUCCUUGCCUCCACUAUGUGGGGAGCUCAUCACACGUGGAAAGGGGUAAAAAAAUUAGUCAGAUGAAGUUAGAAGGCAAAUAUUAAUGUUGUUCAUGUAAGUGGACAGUCUGACAAAACUGAGACAACUAGAAAACAGAUGAGCAGAAGCAUUAUACCUAGGAUAAGCAGUACCAUUGCUGUUAUCAGCUGUAUAAUGAAUUACUCAAAACAAUACCAGUAACUUCAUGACUUUUCUAUCAUGAUGCCUUUGCCUUUGUAUUAUUUCAAAUUUCUGUUCAUUUGUACUUCUGUUGAAGUUCUAGAAGGAUUUGUUUUUGCUGGAAUUACAAAAUGAUAGCAACUGAAAUGACAGUCAGCAAAUGAGAGUAGGUGUGUCAUGCAUCAAUACAGUUGUGCCAUUUUCAGGCAGAAUAGAUGCUACUUUUGAAGGGGGGGGG